AUGUGCUUCACCUCGCAUCUUAGUACUCUCGCCCCGGAGAUCCUACAGCUCAUCAUUGAGCAUACACACGCUUCAGCCCACUGGCCUCUUGCGCGGACGUGCAAACAUAUAUACCUCAACUCACUCCCAAUCCUCGGCCGCCAUCGCAAGGCAUACCAAGAGUAUCGAAUAACUUCUGAUUUUGAUCCCUGGACUAUCUCUAAACUCUUGUGGAGUAUCUUCAGUGAUGGCGCCGCUUCUAUCGAGGCAUGGCACGUCAGAGAGUUUGAGGUCUGGGUCGAGAGAGAAGAAUACCAAUCCUGGGGAGUGAAUGCCGACACUGGCAAGAGGAUUCUACAGGAGGACGUGAAGCCUAGGUCGCUCUCUAGCCACGAGAUUGACUAUUUCUGUUCUAAGAUGCUGAAGCUGCCGUAUUUUUAUGGCGAGAAUAGGGAUCUUAAUCAAGAGGUCCGGGAACAGCUUGAAGCAGGCCGAGAUAGCUCUAUUAAAGCCCUGGUCCUAGCCUAUCUGCCACGCAUCCAGACUCUGCGCUAUGCCCAGUUUGACGACGAGCGCCCGCAUGACAGCCUCAGCAUGCUGUGCGGUUUUAUUUACUGGUGCAAGUCUGCAGGGAUCUGGCUGCCUGGGCUAAAUUCACUGGAAGGAGUUGCUGUCGCUAUAGGCCUGGACCGAGCCGGAGUCGACCCCCCGGGAUACUUAAGGAGGAAUGCUGAUGAGUUCUGCGCCUUAUUAUGCUUACCAAACCUCGCUGAAAUUUAUUUUUCUCAUCUGGAUGGAGGACUUCCACUGCGGAGGAAGACUCGUCUUUUCCCAGAGGACAUCCAACCCUCACUGGCAACAUCGUCGGUCCAGACAAUUAUUCUUGAUAUGCUAGAAUACGAGCUCAGCGACAAACUAAUAGACUUUAUUAGUAGCACCCCGCGCCGACUUAAAAAUUUAGCUAUCCGUUUCGACGACAACAACAACCACGAAAAUGAUUCUCCGGAAAGUGCCGAGAGGUUGAUCCUCAAGCUUGCUAAACACCAAAGCUUAUCUCUCCAGCGGCUAUGCAUACACGAUGACCGACAAGAUGACACACCGGCGGACAUAAACUGGAGGACCCCAGGCCAGCUCAAGUCGUUUGGGGACCUUCGCGUAGCCAACGUGAGCUGGAAGGCAAUAGAGGCCAACCUAGACCUUACCAAAGACGUCCGAUCCCGAUCCCGAUCCGAGCUUCUUGGUCAGCUUUUCGAGGUGUUCCGACGUGGUCUGCCGGCUACAAUGGAAGUCAUUACAUUCAGCCAGUUUGAAAGUGAUGACCCUAUUUUCUUACAGGGGGAGGAGAUUAAUGAGUCUGACUUAGAAUAUCUAGAUGACGCGGUCGAAGUAAUGAUCACAUCGAGGUAUUAUAAGAACCUUAAGGCUGUUUUUCUACAAGAUAUUCAGAAUCAGGUAUCUUAUUUAUUUGGUUACAGUCUCCGCUUUCUUAAAACUAUGAAGGCAGCAGAUAGUCAGGGUAUCUAUAUUUAUGUAACGGGAAGUAAGCCCCUCCCUGGACUUAGCACUAAUGGCGAGUUCGUGCCCUUUCCAAGGAGGGAUUGCAUGGUGACGGGUCAAUUUCAGACUGAAAACCGACAACGUCUCUACUGCACUAAGCGGCGUGAUUUUAGGUAG